UGGUUUACCGCAAAGGCGCAAAUAAGUUUCCGAGUCGUCAUUUAAAAGAAAGUUCCAGGCUUUGGGGUUCGCUGUGUUCUCUCUCUCCUUCGGCAGCUCGUGUUUCGAUUUUCUCUCUCCUUCCUCACAUCAGGUUUCACUGUUGAAUCGGGUUUCUGAUUAGCCCACAUCAUGAGGAGGUACAGCCCUGGUUAUUACAGUCCCCCAAGAAGGGGGUAUAGUAGCCGAGGAAGAAGCCCUCCUCCGAGAGGUGGAUAUAGCCCUCCAAGACGGGGCUAUAGUCCUCCAAGAAGAGGACAUGGUGGUGGUGGUGGUGGCGGUGGUGGUUUUGGAAGACGCAAGGAGCCCAAUCACGGAAGCUUGUUAGUUCGGAACAUUCCUCUAGACUGCAGACCUGAUGAACUUCGAGUUCCUUUUGAAAGGUUUGGGCUUGUCCGUGAUGUCUAUAUCCCAAAGGAUUAUUAUACAGGGGAGCCUCGUGGAUUCGCCUUUGUGCAAUUUGUGGACUCUUAUGAUGCUUCAGAGGCCCAAUAUCACAUGAAUGGGCAGAUUUUCGCUGGACGAGAAAUCAGCGUAGUUGUUGCGUCAGAGUCACGAAAAAGGCCCGAGGACAUGCGCCGGAAGACCAGGCAAAGUAGUGGUGGUCCGAGAUAUGGUGGACGGAGAUCAGCCGGUUACAGUAGACGCUCUCGCUCGCGUUCAGUUUCCCGUUCACGCUCACCUCGCUAUCGUUCUGGUUCUAAAGGGGGUCAUCGCUCAAGGUCCUAUUCUGCUUCUCCUAAAAGACGCGAUGAGCUUUCAGCUUCUCCCAGUAGAAGGCCUGUUGAUCGCUCGAGAUCACCAAGGGAGGAUUCUCCGCCACGUGGUGGAGAUGGCCGUAGAUCAUAUUCCCCUGAUCAUGAAGUUCGAAAAGAAACUGCAGUUGGGAAAGCCAAAUAUGAAGGUGAGGAAGAACGAGGUCGCAGAGAUUCUCCGAGGCGUGUUUCAAGAUCACCAUCUGGCUCUAGAUCCCGAUCUGUAGAUGCAUCACCAGCCCCUAGUAGAUGAUUGGCGAGAUUCAUGCUUUGCUUAGUUUUGAAUCAGCUUGGUGAUUGAUCUGCAGAAACUCUGUUCUAUUAGUUUGAAUGUCUUAUGUAACCUGUUUCUUCUAUGACUAUGCAGACUCAUUCUGAUUCUCUGAUCUGAAUCUAGUACUUUUGUCCUUGUAAGAUAGUUAAGUCUUUUAUUAUGGAUACUUUUUCCAUUCGUAUGGACAAUACAUCAUAUUAUUGUCGUAUGCUUGUCAUUUGGUGGUUCAAAAAUCAGUUUUAUGUAACCAUCUAAAUGAGGAUCUUCUUGUGUAAUGGGACUAGUUUAUUGAUCAAGGGUUAUGAUGUGUGUUUUGUA